GUCUCUCCCAGAAUGCUCUCUUUGGAAUGCCGGCGCUGCCGGAAAAGGGGCUCUCUGGAGCAGUCCUGGGUUUGAGCGUCGCUCCCAAACUCCUGCCAUAAGCGAGGUUCAGCUUUUUCCUACGCCAGGCCGUAGAGAGAGGGAAAAAGUUUAAGGCCGAAAGAAUUUAGGAUGUGCUCCCAGGGGCUGUUUUGCCAAGGUGAGAAGUGCUGGUUAAAGUGGUUUGGAUGUAAUGGUCGGCGGAUAUAAGAGAAGCAAAGAAACGGGUGAUACCCCUACCUAUGUAGCAGCAGAAAUGAGCUUCUGAGUGCCAUGUGUUCCUCAGUGGGAGGUUCUGCUUUAGUACAAGGUAACCUGAGCAUUGACGCUCCUAUUGCAAAAUCUGCAGUUGAAGAUAAACAAAUUUUUUUAUUAGAAGAGAAUGGAUGGAGAAGAGAAAACAUACGGUGGGUGUGAGGGCCCAGAUGCUAUGUAUGUGAAGUUAAUAUCCUCUGAUGGCCAUGAGUUCAUUGUAAAAAGAGAGCAUGCAUUAACAUCAGGAACAAUAAAAGCUAUGUUGAGUGGACCAGGUCAGUUUGCAGAAAAUGAGACAAAUGAGGUCAAUUUUAGAGAGAUCCCAUCCCAUGUCCUAUCCAAAGUAUGCAUGUAUUUCACCUACAAGGUCCGCUAUACUAACAGCUCUACGGAGAUUCCUGAAUUCCCAAUUGCACCUGAAAUUGCACUGGAACUUCUGAUGGCUGCAAACUUCUUAGAUUGUUAAAUAAAAUAAAUUAUAAUAAAAAAUGUAAAACCUUUUUCAGUAUUUAAUACAUGUAGUUCAGUUAGAAACUUUUUUCAGAUAGCAUGUUGCGUGUGUGCUGUUGAGAACUGUAAAGUUCACUGCAGAGGCUAUUGCCUUCAGUUCUUUUGCAUAUAGCAAUCAUUCAGUUGGAGUUUGUUUUGCUGCUUACACAAAUAAGGACCUUUUCACAAACUGAGUCAAAUAAACAAAUACGCCAAUUAGUAGA